CAGCACCCACUCGCUCCACAGCGACGACUCGGAUGCUCACCCCGCUGCCUGCCGCUCCGCUGACUGCCCGUCCCCUGCCAGCUCCCUGGGCAGCCCCUGCCCACCUUCCCCGAGCAUCAGGUCUCACUCUGGAGAAGCUUUUGGCCUGAGUCCCCACCAGCCCAGGGCAACCUGCUCCACCAAAGCCAACACCUACCCAUCCCAGAAGGGACAGGCCAGCAGCUGCCCCCCCUCCAUCCUCAGCUCCGCGGCCGACAUCCCAGUGCUGCUGGUGAACGGGUGCCCGGAACAAGGAGAUGCAUCUUCCAGGCUGGCCAAAGCCCCCCCAGCCUCUGUCAAGCAGAGCCCCCCUCCCAGCUGCAGCCCGGCCUCGAAGCUCGGUGACCUGAACCCCACGCUGUCGGCACCGGCGCUCUCCUGCGUCUCGGACAGUCCCCUCAGGGCUGGGCAGCCGACCAUGAAGUUUGUGAUGGACACAUCGAAAUACUGGUUCAAGCCAAACAUAACCAGGGACCAAGCAAUCCAGCUGCUGAAGGACAAGGAGCCAGGCACGUUCGUUGUGCGGGACAGCACGUCGUACCGAGGGUCUUUUGGGCUGGCGAUGAAGGUUCUCGUCUCUCCAUCCGGCAACCAGACAGGUGAUGAGAGCAGUGACCUCGUCCGGCACUUCCUCAUCGAGUCGUCUCCCAAAGGGGUGCACCUGAAAGGAGCCGCCGAGGAGCUGUAUUUCGGGAGCCUCUCUGCCUUCGUGUAUCAGCACGCCAUCACCCCGCUGGCCCUGCCCUGCCAGCUGAGCAUCCAACCCCGCGAUCUUGCUGAUGGAGAAGACAGCCCUGACUGCGCUCCGGAAUCGGCACCAUCCCCGCUGCAGAAAUCCGCUGUGUGCAACGUCUUGUACCUCAGCUCGGUCAACGUGGAGACGCUCACGGGAGCCCCGGCCAUCCAGAAAGCCAUCUCCUCCACCUUGGUGUUCUUCAGGCGACACUACCCCUUGGCUGCCAUCAGGUUUACGGAUCCUGAGAGCAGAAGGUGGCAGAAGUACUGCAAGUCCUCCAGGAUCUUUGGGUUCGUGGCCAAAAGCCAGACAGAUUCGGAGAACCUCUGUCACCUGUUUGCAGAGUACGACGCUGUGCAGCCGGCAUCGCUUGUCAUCGACCUUCUCUGCAAGCUCCUGCUGGCCCCGUAG